UCUGUUCUGUAGCUGUCCUGUGGCCUUGGCCUCAGCUGCCCUUGAAGUCACCAUGAUGUGGUCCCCACCAGACACUUUCUCCCUGCUCCUGCUGUUCCUGCUGCUGGGCCAGGUCCCUCUCUGCAAGUUACAGUCACUGGGCACCAUGAAGAUACGGUUGGUGGGCCCAGGAAGCAGGCCAGAGGAGGGCCGCCUGGAGGUGCUGCACCAGGGCCAGUGGGGCACUGUGUGUGAUGACAGCUUCGCUCUCCAGGAGGCCACAGUAGCCUGCCGCCAGCUGGGCUUUGAGACUGCUCUGACCUGGGCCCACAGUGCCAAGUAUGGCCCAGGGGAGGGACCCAUUUGGCUGGACAAUGUGCGCUGUUUGGGCACAGAAAGCUCCUUGGACCAGUGCAUGUCUAAUGGCUGGGGUGUCAGUGACUGCAGCCACUCAGAGGACGUCGGGGUGGUGUGUCACCCCCAGCGCCAGCGUGGCUAUCUUACUGAGAGAGUCUCCAAUGCCCUCGGGCCCCAGGGCCGGCGGCUGGAGGAGGUGCGGCUCAAGCCCAUCCUUGCCAGUGCGAAGCGGCAGAGCCCAGUGACCGAAGGAGCUGUGGAGGUGAGGUACGACGGCCACUGGCGGCAAGUGUGUGACCAGGGCUGGACCAGGAACAACAGCAGGGUGGUGUGCGGGAUGCUGGGUUUCCCCAGCGAGGCCCCUGUCGACAGCCACUACUACAGGAAAGUCUGGGAUUUGAAGAUGAAGGAUCCUAAGUCUAGGCUGAAGAGCCUGACCCAAAAGAAUUCCUUCUGGAUCCACCGGGUCAACUGCCUGGGGACAGAGCCCCACAUAGCCAGCUGCCAGGUGCAGGUGGCGCCAGCACGUGGCAAACUACAGCCGGCCUGCCUGGGUGGCAUGCACACUGUGGUCAGCUGUGUGGCAGGGCCCCGCUUCCACCCUUCUAAGGCCAAGCCUGGGCGCAAGGAGUCCAGGGCAGAGGAGCCAAGGGUGCGCCUCCGCUCGGGGGCCCAGGUGGGCGAGGGCCGAGUGGAAGUGCUCAUGAACCGCCAGUGGGGUACAGUCUGUGAUCAUGGGUGGAACCUCAUCUCUGCCAGCGUUGUGUGUCGUCAGCUUGGCUUUGGCUCUGCUCGAGAGGCCCUCUUUGGGGCCCAGAUGGGCCAAGGCCUGGGGCUCAUCCACCUAAGUGAGGUGCGCUGCAAGGGAUAUGAGCGGACCCUCAGUGAAUGCCCCUUCCGGGAAGGCUCCCCUAAUGGCUGUCGACACGAGAAUGAUGCUGCUGUCAGGUGCAAUGUCCCAAACAUGGGCUUCCAGAAUCAGGUGCGCUUGGCUGGUGGGCGCAACCCUGAGGAGGGUGUGGUGGAGGUACAGGUGGAGGUGAACGGGGUCCGACGUUGGGGGGCCGUGUGCAGUGACCACUGGGGGCUCACCGAAGCCAUGGUGACCUGCCGACAGCUCGGCCUGGGUUUUGCCAACCAUGCUAUCAAGGACACCUGGUACUGGCAGGGGACAGCAGGGGCUGGAGAAGUGGUGAUGAGUGGGGUGCGCUGCUCAGGCACAGAGCUGGCCCUGCAGCAGUGUCAAAGGCAUGGGCCAGUGCACUGCUCCCAUGGCACGGGGCGAUUCUCAGCUGGAGUCUCCUGCACAGACAGUGCUCCAGACCUCGUGAUGAACGCCCAACUAGUGCAGGAGACUGCCUACUUGGAGGACCGCCCACUCAGCCUGCUCUACUGUGCCCACGAAGAGAACUGCCUCUCCCAGUCUGCUGACCACAUGGACUGGCCCUAUGGACACCGGCGCCUAUUGCGCUUUUCCUCACAGAUCCACAACCUGGGCCGGGCUGACUUCCGUCCCAAGACAGGACGCCACAGCUGGAUUUGGCACCAGUGCCACAGGCACUAUCACAGCAUUGAGGUCUUCACUCACUAUGACCUGCUCACUCUCAAUGGCUCCAAGGUAGCUGAAGGGCACAAGGCCAGUUUCUGUCUAGAGGACACAAGUUGCCCCACAGGACUGCAGCGGCGCUAUGCAUGUGCCAACUUUGGAGAGCAGGGAGUGACUGUUGGCUGCUGGGACACCUACCGGCAUGACAUUGAUUGCCAGUGGGUGGAUAUCACAGAUGUGGGCCCCGGGAACUAUAUUUUUCAGGUCAUUGUGAACCCCAAAUAUGAGGUGGCUGAGUCAGACUUCUCCAACAACAUGAUGCAAUGCCGCUGCAAGUAUGAUGGGCACCGGGUCUGGCUGCACAACUGUCACACAGGGGAUUCAUACAGAGCCAAUGCAGAGCUCUCCAUGGAGCAGGAGCAGCGUCUCAGGAACAACCUCAUCUGAAGCCAUCACUGCACUCCCAGCUGCUGCCCACACAUCAGAUACCUCAGCGUACUGGAGCCAUGCCCUUUA